AUGUCACGAAGAACUUCGAAGUUGCUUUCAGCAUUGAUGUAUCAUCUGUUCUACAUGACAUGUAUAUAUGUAGAUAGUACACUGGUGUGGCAUACUUUCGCGCAUAUCUACGAGCUUUUCAUAUCUCUGCUUAUCUUGGACUUCUUUUGGAGAAACUCUUAUUUCCUUCCAUGUAAUAAGGUCAGUAAUUUAUCUACAUUCUUGCAUGUUCAAAUCAGAUUACGAUUUUUUCAUAGCCAUAUAUGUAACCAAUUCGCUAACAGUCAGAAGAUAUAUCUCUACGUUUUGAAUAAUUUAUUCGUUCUGCUAGCGACAAUUUCUGGUCCUAGAAAGAUUUCGUUUAAUAGUCAUAUGAAUCACUGA